UUCCAGCGAGCUCACUGCACCACUGCUUUAGACGAGUCUAAGUCCCUCGGUGUCCUAGUAGUUCUCUCGCUGAAAGAAUUUCGAAUCUUCGAAAAUGAAAGUGCUGCUUCUCUGCGGACUCGUGCUCGCCGGAGCAUUCAUAGCUGAAGCUGCCGAUGGUAAAGAACUGUGUGGCAUGAGCCAUGACGGAAUCAAGGAUGUCAUGAAGUGCAUGGCUGAACAUGCGCCGCCUCAGAUGAAAGAAAAGGCUUUCGAGAUCAUUGGCGAGAAGGGAGACCACAUGGCCGAGACGAUCAAGAAGCAAUGCGAGUCGGGUGUAGACUUCGGCGAGAUGGUUUCGGCUGUUUUCUCGGAGAGAGUUGCGGAAGGUAUUAAGGCGGCCUACCGUCAGUGCGUGCCACCCUCCCCGUUGUGAGCAGCAGGAUCCAGAAGGAAGCAAGACUGCUCUUGUAGGCUCGUGCAAUGCAAGCCAAAAUAAAUGCGGAAGUGGAACGUA